AUGUCCAGACAAUUCGUGCCUCCGCUGUCCACCACCCCAAUGGGAUCGGAAGAGGACUUCUACCAAUACUCUCAUGUCCAUGAACGAGAAUCUCUGGCUAUCAACGCCGGCCCUGGCCGAGUGGUGUACGACUAUUCUUCGUCAGAUGACGAAUAUCACGCUGACAACAUUCAGCAAUCGGUGGACCCUGAAUACCACACUCCAGUGUCUCCAUUCACCGAUACACCCAAGCUCAAAAGCGCCACCGACGACACCCGCAAAUACAAAUCGUUGCUGCACAUCUUUUUGGCGGUGUCCAUCUUGUCAGCCGUGAUUGUCAUGUGCAUCGAAGCAUACAUGUAUGUCACCAUUAACGUCAACAGAGAUGACUUUGAAUCCGACAUGAAGUACUCGGAGAUCUCCAUCUACUUGGCGCUUUUCAUCUUUGCUAGUGUGUAUCAAAUUGUCAUCACCAUUAUUGGUCUCCGUACGAAAAACAUGAUGCUUCUAUCGAUGCUUUGUGUGUUCUACGUCUGUAUGUUGGUGUACACCGGUCUCCAAUACAAGGAAAUUUCUCACGACAGCGUGAUUAAGGGCCACUCGAAUUGGCCCCACGCCGUCUCCAUCACCAACAUAGUGGCUAUUUGCGUGUUGGGAGUAACAUUGGUUAUUCAAGGUGUGCUCGUGUUGUUUCUCAAGAGCAGUGUGAAAUGGUUCCGUUUCAAGAAGAUAGGUGCAAGUUUCGAAAUCAAGCGUCUCUACACUAUCUUCCAGAUCCAUCGAUCGCUUUUAGUGUUUGAUCUUUUCUUCUUUUUGGGCUUCACCGUACAGUUCUUGGUGAUUAUGGUGGGAGACAAACUGUCUGUGGAGUUCAUUCUCACGUGCUGUGUUCUUCCCUUGACGAUUCUUGUGCUUUUCUUCUGUGACUACGCAGCCACCAGAGAGUAUCUCUGGCUUUCCGUGGUCACUUUGUUGUGCUUAGUUGGAGGGGCCGUGUAUGUGCUCUUCAAGACGAUCCGUUUGUUCACCAAGUACACUUCCGCAUACAAUCUCUCAAUUGGAAAUCCUGGAUCAUAUUUUCCAGGAAGAACGUCGCUUGUUUCAUUUGCGAUCAUCACGUUGAUUUUUUUGGUGUUCACAAUUGUCUUGGAGAUUGUCGUUGUGUGCAAUUACAACAAGGGACUUUUACCAUUUGUGAACACAUACUACAGCAGAUUGCCUGGUGCAGAUAAGCACAGUCACCAAUCUCGUCCGGCAGAAACUUUGAUUGACGAGCCGGAGAAAUCCAGUGAUGCGUCCAUGCUUAUUGAUUAG